AUGGGCACGCAAUACGACCACAUCGGGUCUACAUACUCGGGCAUGAAGCUCCUUCCAGCGGGCAUGCUCGAAGCCUACAAUCUUCGCAAAAAUUGUACAUCCAUCCAAGACGCCAAAGUCCUCGAUCUUGCCUGCGGAACAGGCCAUUACUCGCGUCUCGGCCUCAGAUGGGGAGCUUCCCGCGUCCACGGCGUCGACAUCUCUCCAGUCAUGGUCGACACCGCCCGUGAUGCCACGAUGUCCCAGGUCGCAACCGGGAGCAGGUUGAAAGUAACCUAUUCUGUCGCUGACUGUACGCGUCCAAAGAAACAUGCCGGCUCACCCUUUGACAUCGUCCUCGGCUCAUGGAUCCUCAAUUACGCUGCCUCGCAAUCUCAAAUGACACACAUCUUCCGUACGGCGUACAUGAAUCUUCGCCCGGGCGGGCACUUCGUCUGCAUAGUUCCCCACCCGUCCGAACAGCCUCGAAAGACGAUGGAAAAGGCGCUAGAGGUGCGUUCGUCGGGGAAGCAGGGAGAGCAUUGGAUCACGAUGACGCCAACCAAAGAUGUGGAAGGUGGCGUGGGCACCAGAAUUGAUGCGAUGACGAAGACUGGUUUCGUGACUUUCGAAGCGUUUCAUCUGAGGAGGAGUAUAUUUGAGCAGGCCGCGAAGGGUGGCGGUUUCACGAGUGGUGUGAUGUGGAGAAGAGUCACGUUGCCGGAGAACGAGGGGUGGGAGCAGGAUUGGAGAGCCUCGUUCAUUGAGACGCCGCAUUUUGGAGUAUUGGUUGUCAGAAAAGACGAAGAGGUGAUGAGUGAGGGUGUGGGGAGGGCUGAGCAGUUGAUGAAGGCCAUUGAGAGAGGUAUUGAAUCUCUGACGAGUAUGAAACUAAACAUGCCAUCUGCUUCAGUCGCCAACGCAGGCUCGCUCCGCGCCACAACAAUUGACAACGUUGAUGAUCUUGGCAUCGUAUGCGAGGUUGAACAAGCUCUGUAUGACUACAUUAGACAACAGAUAUCAGGCACACCAAAGGAUUACAACGGAAGCAUCACAAUUGUCCCGAAGAAGAACCAGGAAUAUGGCCCAGAUAACGCUAAUGAUGACUCGGGCUUCGACGAGCCGUCAAACUUUGAAAGUCCCACACAAAACGACCAGCAGGGUUUGACUUUGACGAUCGAACCCCCGAAUCAGCAACAAGAAGAGUGGGAACCAACGUGGGACCGUGGCCAGGAGCAGUGUGGAAGACUGCAUCGUAUUGAUGGGUCCAUGAUAAAGGAGGAGGAACAGCGAGAGGCGAAUCUCGUUGUGGAGCUCAACGGCUGGGACUUCAACCAUCUUUACAAUGUGAUUGCUGCAGGUCUCUGUCCAAAGAAGCCUAAGCAGCAGCCACAGGCGACGAAAGGAAAGGGUUCUUGA